AGAUGGAAAAUGCCCCUUCUCCUCAUCCUGUGCCUGCUACAAGGUUCUUCUUUGACCCCUCCACACAGAAGACCCUAUCUCAGAUGGCUACAGGACGGCUUUCUCCCCUCUGGGACCCACCUCUGGGCCAUUGAAAUGCCUUCCUCAUCCCUCUGCUGGCAGGAGAGUCCUUUGGCAGCUGCAAAUGCAUUGAAGGGGCCAAGGCUGGUGUCUGGAGUGCCUGGGGGAGCUGUCACUAUCCAGUGCCAUUAUGCCCCCUCUUCAGUCAACAAGCACCAGAGGAAGUACUGGUGCCGUCUGGGACCCCCAAGGUGGAUCUGCCACACCAUUGUGUCCACCAACCACUACACUCAUCCUCACUAUCACAACCGUGUGGCUCUAGUGGACUUUCCACAGAAAGGCUUCUUUGUGGUCAGGAUGUCCCAGCUAUCCCUGGAUGACGUGGGAUGCUACCACUGCGGCAUUGGGGAUGGAAACGCCAUGCUGUUCUUUAGCAUGAAUCUUACUGUCUCUGCAGGUCCUUCCAGCACCCUCCCCAUAGCCACUUCAGCUGAUGGGGGCCUCACCACAAGAUCCUUUGGAAUAGCACCUCCAGCAGCCAACAGAUGGACCCCAGGACCCACCCAGACCACAGAAGGACAGGGCACAGAACAGGACAGAGUUGCUCUAACCCUUGGAGCCAGCACCACAGCUUCAGCUAAGGGAAGUCAAACCCCAGGAACAACCAGAACAGCAAGGACAGGAGUCUGGGUGGUGGGACCCAUCAAGGCCACCGUUCCCAUUCCAGAGAGUCCAGCUUCAAAAACCAGAAGCAUCUCCAACAUAACAGCAGGUGUUUGGAUAUGGGGCACCAGAAGCUCAAUAACAAACAGGGCUGUUGUCAGCAAUGAUAGGAGGCAGAUAACAACUACCAUGGCUGACAGGCCAGGGGAGGAAACAGAAGGGGUCAAGAUAGCUCUAGAUGCAGCCACAAAGGUCAUAGGAACCAUGAGGCCAUCAGCCCUGGUCUCAGAAAAACUAUCCUGGGAAACCCUCCAAGAAGCAACACCGGUUUCUGAACAACGAUUUCUGAGCUCCAUUGAAGGAACAAUCCCAGGUACAGGCAUGUGGACCUUAGCAACCACCAGCAUAGAGACAGCAUCUAUGGAAGGAAGCACAGAAGCAGAUGGAGAUGGUGCUACUGAAGACAGUGGUCCCCCAAUAGCAGGCUAUCCAAGGCCCCCUGGAAAAGAGUCAUCCAGGAAAAGUGCUUUUCCAGAAAAGAACAGCUCCCGCAUCCUGACUCCAGUCUCUACCAUACUGGUCCCACUUGUGCUCGUGGCUCUGGUCCUAUUGCAAAGGAAGCUCUCAAGAAGGAGGACCUCUCAGGAGGCAGAAAGAGCACCAAGGGUCACCCUGAUUCAGAUGACACAUUUCCUGGAGCCAAGCCACCAAGCGGACCAGCUGCCCCACGUGGAAAGGAAGAUGAUCCAGGAAGACCCUCCUAUUGCCCAAGCCAGCCCGACUAUCCCAGAGAGAGACCCAGGGCCCUGA